CAAAGAAAAAUGCCAAUCACAAGGAGUUUGUUUUUUAUCAUUUUGGCAACGAUUGUUGUUUCAGGUGUGAUUACACAAGUGAAAGGUUAUACAUUCAGUUACUGUAGUCAUGAGUCUCGUUGCCCGGGUCAAUAUAUUUCAUGCCCUUCUGAGUGCCCAGAAAGCAACUCCAACGACCCCAAGACUAAAGUUUGUCGCAUUGAUUGCUAUUCUCCAAAAUGCAAGGCCCAAUGCAAACACAACAAACCAGAGUGUGACACACCAGGAUCUGCAUGCUACGACCCACGGUUCAUCGGAGGAGACAGCAUCGUCUUCUACUUUCACGGCAAAGUCAACGAGCAUUUCAGUUUGGUCUCCGAUUCUAACCUCCAGAUCAACGGACGAUUCAUCGGCCACCAACCCACCGGCAGAACCAGGCCCUUCACCUGGAUCCAAGCCUUGGGUCUCCUUUUCAACUCCCACAGUUUCUCCCUGGAAGCAACUAAAUCCGCCACCUGGGACAGCGGAAUCGACCACCUGAAAUUCUCCUACGAUGGAGAAGAUGUUUUGUUAGCUCUUGGUGGGUUAUCGUCAUGGAAGUCGCCGGACGGUGAAAUCGAAGUGGAGAGAACUUCUGCGGUGAACAGUGUGAUGGUGAACAUACCUGGAGUUGUGGAGAUUUUGGUGAAUGUGGUGCCAGUUACUGCGGAAGAUGACAAGAUCCAUGGCUACAAUGUGCCUUCUGAUGACUGUUUUGCUCAUUUGGAAGUGCAGUUUAAGUUUACCGGACUUUCGGAUGGAGUUGAAGGGGUUCUGGGAAGGACAUAUCAGCCGGAUUUUAAGAAUCCUGCGAAGCCAGGGGUUGCUAUGGCGGUUGUGGGAGGAGAAGACAAGUAUAGAACGACGUCUUUGUUGUCUUCCGAUUGUGCAAACUGCAUUUACGAUUCCAGUAAUGUUGCAGAGAAAGAGAAUAAUAUGAUUAAGGAGCAUGGAACUUUGGAUUGUUCUGCCAAGGGAUUGUUCCGUGGAAAUGGGAUUGUUUGCAAGAAAUGAGGGGUGAAAUGAACAGAAUAUCUACAAAGUAUUUUAAAAAUAAAUCAUCAUAAAUAAUUUAUAAAUUCCGUUGUAAUGUUCAAUAUAGGAAAAAAAUGUAUUGCAAUGUUUCAUGCUA